GCGACCGCCAUGGUUCCCUCGCUCGGGGCUGCGCUCUCGGUGCUGAGCCCGGUGCGCGCGGUGUGGCUCACACUAACCGCCGCUUUCCUGCUGGCCCUGCUGCUGCAGCUCGUGCCGCCUGGCUUGCUCCCCAGCUGCGCGAUCUUCCAGGACCUGAUCCGUUAUGGCAAAACCAAGUCACGCCCGGCUAUCUGCCGGAGCUUUGACGUCCCCAAGAGGUACUUCUCUCACUUCUACAUCAUCUCGGUGCUGUGGAACGGCUUCCUGCUCUGGUGCCUUACUCAGUCUCUGUUCCUGGGAUCGCCGUUUCCAAACUGGCUUCACACUCUACUCAGAAAUCUCGGGGCUGCGCAGUCCCCAGAGGGUGAGUUGGUGCUGUCUGCAUUCCUGGUAUUAGCAUUUCUGUGGCUGCACAGCCUGAGAAGACUGUUCGAGUGCCUGUACGUCAGCGUCUUCUCCAACGCCUCGAUACACGUCAUGCAGUACUGUUUUGGACUUGUCUACUAUGUCAUCAUCGGCCUCACUGUGCUGAGCCAAGUGCCGAUGGACGGCAGGAAUGUCUAUGUGGUCGGGAAAAAUCUCCUGAUGCAAACUCGGUGGUUCCAUAUCCUUGGAACGAUGAUGUUCUUCUGGUCAUCAGCCCAUCAGUAUAAGUGCCAUGUCAUUCUCGGCAAUCUCAGGAAAAACAAAGCAGGAGUGGUCAUUCACUGUAACCACCGAAUCCCUUUUGGAGACUGGUUUGAAUACGUUUCUUCCCCUAACUACUUAGCAGAGCUGAUGAUCUACAUUUCCUUGGCCGUCACCUUUGGAUUCCAUAACGUCACUUGGUGGCUAGUGGUAACCUAUGUCUUUUUCAGCCAGGCCCUGUGGGCUUUCCUCAGCCACAAAUUUUACAAAAGCAAAUUUGCCUCCUACCCAAAGCAUAGGAAAGCUUUCCUACCGUUUUUGUUUUAGAAUAACCUCAGUCAUGAAGAAUGCAAGCCAGGGGACAGGUUCAAUUCCUAAGGACAGUGAAGUCUAGAGACCAAAGUACAGUUUCUACAGAACUGUUAGAAAGAAACUCUCUCUGUUUUAUUACCCAAAGUCUUCGCUGAAUGAGCAGAGCAAUACCCUCAAGAAAAUGAAACCAAAGAACUGCUCCCGGCAGACCCGGAACACUGUGUCUGCUUUCUGAGAUGCUUUUUAAAUCCAACCAACUGCUAAAAACUGGAUGGGACUUCUCCAAGCUGCUUCAAAGCAAACUAGCCCAGAAUAUGCCAACAGCUCCAAAUAUACACAUACAAACACAGAGGAAGAGAUAAAAUCAUCUGUGGCUUUUGUCAGAGACAAAGUAACUGGACAUCAUAAUAAGCAAAAUAGUAGGUGCUCAGUAACUGCUUGUUCCAUUUCAGUAAAAGCAGAAUAGCUUUUGAAAAUAACAACAGUAUAUAAUUUCACACCAGAGGAUUCAGGGAAUAAUGAAUUUGUUGGAGCUAAUUUAUACUUUCACAUAUUACCAGAAAGAUUUCUAGUUAUGGGACCAUCACGAGUCAUUUCCACUCAUCUCCCCCUCAAAUCAUAGCCCAACAGAAAGUUUGACAUCUGUUUAAUUGAAUACUUUUUGACAUCCCUUUCAAGGGAGUACCUGAAAAAUGAAAGCAGCUGAAAAUAGAGUAUUUUUGUAUUCAUGUAUCAGAAGCCUUCAUGAGUAGAACUGACUGACACUUCGACUUAGGUAGUGCUAUGGCCUCAUCCAGGUAUAGUUACCCAAAUUGGAUUAAUGGCUGCCUCUGUUUAUGUUAACUAAUAGAAUGAAUCUGAAGCUAUUUAGGAAUAAAGUUUACACUUAAAAUAGCUUAUGUUAAAAUACCCAAGAUUAAAUCAAAGGGAAAUAAAUGCAUUAUGUGAAAGAAAAACAUAAACUGGAGAAAAAACACUAUAGCCUGAACAAUGCAGCAAAAAUUUCACAUUCAUGCAACAUAAGAUUUACUGGCUUAUUGACUGAGGUAUUAACUUUAUUCCUAUUAUGUAGAUAUACUAUUAUAGUGUACUAAGUACUAAAAUUUUGCACUAAUGUAUACCUUGCUGUGGAGGAAAGAACCAAGUCAGUAACCAGGCAUAUAUGAAACACAGUCUGUCCUCCCCUCCCACACCCCUGAUAUAGUAAACCAAAGCUGUUAAACUGAGAUUCUUUUUACUCUGAAUUUUAAUGUAUGCAUGUCAAAGCAUAUUCUAAAGUUCUUAAAAUAAUUCUGCUGUAGCAUUUUCCCUUCCAUCAGUCAAAUACCACUUCAGUCAUUUGCUCAGUUGGUCAAAUAAAUGACGUAUUUGUUUCAUUUAUCAUUUAGAUUUGCCAUCUGUAGCAAAUUGUCAUUUGGUCUUGAUUUCCACACAAAUGGCAUGAAUCACAUUUAUUUAUUUAUUUAUUUAUGGGCAACCUGGGACUCUGGUCUGCAGGCUGAUGCUCCAACCACUGAACCAAACUGGCCAGGGCACAUGAAUCACUUUUAAUGGCAAAUUAUUUGCAGGGAAAUGUAUUUUGCUGUAGCAUGCCAUUUGAUACUAGGUCAGACUAGGAAUUUGGCCAAUGUUCUGGAAUUUCACUGCACUUUUUUUUUUUA